AUGACCGAAACUUUGGGUAUUCUUUUUCAAGAGUGCGAAUCUAAGACUCAUGAUUAUGAAAAUUUAUGCAUUGAUUCACAAUCGUUUAGAAUGGAGAGUUUAUUAAUAAUUGCAACAAUACUCAGAACUGGAUUUGUCAUAAUCUCUUACGGAACCAAGGUCCCAGCAGGAAUUUUUAUACCUUCUAUGGCAGUAGGUUCUACUUUUGGUAGAUUUCUUGGUCUUUGUAAGGCUUUGCUAAUUCAUAUCCAGAAUUUCCAUUAUUCGCAACAUUGUGUUACACUAGGAAUGUAUGCAUUUUUGGGAGCUGCAGCUGCACAGGUUUGUGUAGUUGUCAUUAUGUUUGAAUUAACAGGUGCUUUAACUUAUAUUUUGCCAACAAUGAUUACUUUUAUGGUUACAAUGCUUGUUGGUGGCUUGUUUGUUAAAGACGUACUGCUGAACGGAUUUCCAUUUUUGGAUAAAGAAGAAUAUUCUUUUGGAGUUUCCACUAUGAGAAAGCAUGACUUAGUAAUGACUGCUUCUGAUACAAAAUUAAGUCAGAUUGUUCCAGUUGUACAAGAUAAAACUGGUAUGACGUUAUUAGGUUAUAUUGGAAGAGUAGAAUUAAAAUAUGCUAUAGAUAAGGCGAAGAGAGUUCGUGGGGCUUCAAAUGCCCUAUGA